UUGCCAGGUGAACAACGAAGCCGACGCAAAGCGAACAGUGAACAGUGAACAGCGAACGAGCAAAGCGUGUUUUUGUGUGUGUGUGUGUGUGUGUGUAUUUGUUGUUGUCGUUGCUUGUGCUCGUGCUUGGCGCACAGCCCACGCGCGUAUGUGUGUCGUAUAAAUUUUGUUAGCAUUUUUUUUUUUCGGUGUCUUGGUGCUGUAGCAACAUUUGCGGCCAGCAGCCGCAGCAGCAUCCGCAACAUGCAGUGGUGAAUUGGGCGAGACCAAAAAACGAAACGAAACGAAACGAAGCGAAGCGAAGCGUAGAGCAGAAGCGAAUCGAAGCGCAAAGAAACUCAACACAACAGCAACAAAUCAUUUGGCUUGUUGUCGCCUCGCCUGCAGGAUACGCGACGAGGACGUGAACAAAACAGAACAACGCUGGCCGUUGACCGAGUUGCAUCGCAAAUCGCAUCGCGGUCUCUUAGCCCACAUCAAGCGCCAGAACAAGUGGCAAUUACAUUCAGCGAGAGUGUGUGUGUGUGUGCGAGAGAGAGAGAGAGAGAGAAGGAGAAUAGAAGAAUCAGCAGCAGACUGUGAAACAGAAACCGAAAUUGAAAUCGGCAAACAGCAAACGGCAAUCGGAGCGGCAGCUGUUGCAUGCGGCCGCCGUGCCAGACUCAGUGACGCCGCCGCUCAGCGUCCAGCGUCCAGCGUGCCGCGUGUUGCGGGCUGUGUGUUGCGAGUUUUUGUUGUUUUUGUUUUGUGCUUGCUUCGUACGCGCAUUGAUCCUCGCGAGUGACAGAGACACAUAUACAAAAGCAUAAAAGAGAGUGAUUCAAGAGAGAGAGAGAGAAGAGAACAGAGAGAAGAGAGCAGAGAGAGGCGAUAUUGCGGUAUUCAAAUCGCAAUUGGCCUAGGAAACAACUCAAGGAUGAGGCUGCCGCUGCUGUUGCAGUUGCAACUGGGCGCGCUGCUUGCCGCAUGCUUGGCCAACGCCGCCGCCGGCAUCAAUAUCAAUGCCAACGAUCCGUGCUAUUUUGAGGGGAAGCCGCGCAAGUGCCUGCCCAGCUUUGUGAAUGCCGCCUAUGGCAAUCCGGUGCAGGCGUCCAGCGUUUGUGGCGCCCAGCAGCCGGAGCGCUUCUGUGAGCUCCAGCGCGAUGGCAGCGCCGGCGAGUGUCGGCUCUGCGAUAAGUCAGAGCAUGGGAUAAGUCGUUAUGGUGCCGCUGCCCUGACGGAUCUUAACAAUCCGAGCAAUGUGACCUGCUGGCGUUCCGGCAGCGUGAAUGUGCCCCACGAUCCAGACACAGCGCCGCCGGACAAUGUCACCCUAACCCUGUCGCUGGGCAAGAAAUACGAGCUGACCUACAUCUCGCUCUCGUUCUGCCCCAAAUCACCGCGGCCAGAUUCGCUGGCCAUAUACAAGAGCUCGGACUUUGGCCAAACCUGGCAGCCCUUCCAGUUCUACAGUUCGCAGUGCCAGAAGUUUUACGGACGUGCCGACCGGGCCAAGAUCAGCAAAUUUAACGAGCAGGAGGCACGUUGCAUGAACUCACAGCACGAUGGGGCAAGCGGCGGCGCCGCACAGCGUUUUGCCUUCAACACGCUCGAGGGUCGUCCGUCGGCCAAUGAUCUGGACGCGUCGCUGGUACUGCAGGAUUGGGUGACGGCAACCGAUAUACGUGUGGUGUUCCAUCGUCUGGAGCUGCCGCCGCAGCUGCUACUAAGUCGGGCCAAGGCCAAGGGCAAUGCGAACAGCUUCAGCGAUGAGAUGACCGCCAGCCAGGAGGAGGAGGAACUGGAUGGACAUGAGCUGGAUGAACAGGAUGAGUACGAUUACAAUUUGCAGGACAACGACAGCGCCGGCUACGACCAGGAGGAGUACGAGGAGCCCAAAAAGCAUCUCGAGCUCGAUGACGAACUGCAUCUGGACUAUGCCAACGAUGGCGAGAGCAAGCGCCAGUCCAAGCACAAGAGCAGCGCCUACGAGAAACAUUUCCAAAGCAAGCUCACGGUCAGUACCCCGCCCGCACCGCCGCUUCCGCCAGUCACGCCCAAAACAACGUCGCCCAGCAAAUCGGGCACAUCCUCGGACAAUUCCGGAGCAUCCGUUGCCAUGCAGCAACUGCUUUCCGUCUCGCAGCAUUAUGCCGUCUCUGAUUUCGCUGUCGGCGGACGCUGCAAGUGCAAUGGCCACGCCUCCGAGUGUAUUGCGACCAGCCCCGGCCCCGGCUCAGUGCAUGCCGACGCGGACGAUGGCCAGGACGACGAUAUGCCCGCCUCGCUGCACAGCGUCCACUUUGGACGCACCACCUCCGCCCUGCAGCUAAGCGCCAAGCUGGCCAUGACCUGCGCCUGCAAGCACAACACCGCCGGACCCGAGUGCGAGCGCUGCAAACCCUUCUACUUCGAUCGCCCCUGGGGACGUGCCACCGACAACGAUGCCAAUGAAUGCAAAACAAUUUGUUUCGAUUUCGUUAUGGAAACGGUGACCCAGCCACCAGCACUGCACGCUCGCGCACAGUGGGACAAAAUGACAGGAAACCAAAGACAAAAUAAAAGUUACUUGGUACAAAUAAACUUAUUCAAAACAUUUUCGAGCUGGGGUGCAGCCCGUAAAUGUAACACAAUAUUGAGUACAAUAUAAAAAAAAAAUAAGCAUUACAAUUUUCGUUUCAACUGAUGCACAGUGGAACCAAAGCAGAGUAAAUGAAUAUGUAAGGGCGUAAAAUGAACGCACAAAUUAUUGUACAGCGUUAUAAUUAAAUGAUCAUAUGAAAAAAUAAUACGUGUCUCUAAAUCAGUUGCUUUAAGCAGUUGCACAGUGAGGCAACUUGAAAACUAACAAGAAAUCAAGAAUCUAUAUAAGCAGUCUGCUUACCUGUUUGCUCUUGGCUUGGCCAGCUCUUGCGCCAGCCAGCUUGUAAUUAUUGGAAACUAAGCUAAUGUAAUCAAAUAUAAGCCAUGCUACUCACCUGUAAGCAAAUAUAAUAUUGCAAUUACCAGAUAAUAUUUGAAUUUGAUCAAGAAACUCACCUGUUUUUGGCCAGAGAUGAAUCGAUUGUGGUCCACUGCUUGGUGGAAGUUUGUGGGUUAUAUUUGUGUGUGUUAUGUUGGAUUCGGUGUUUUUGGUCGCGGCUCUUCUUUUGGUCUCCGGGGAUCCGAGUGAAGCGCAUCUAAUGCGCGCCAUCUGUUUAAUUUUCAGAGUUUUCCGAGUUUUUGGGCAGCGGCUGCAAUCGAAAUGGAAAUGCGAAAUGGGAAAUGGUGGCCGAGCACAGGCCAAGGGUAUUGUUUGUUGCGCCCCCAUUCAGAAUUUUAUUUCUUUAUUACAUUUAUGUGUGUGUUUGUGCGAUUUCGGGGGUGGCUGAGGCGGUUUACGGCUUGAACUAAUUCGCGGCGUUUACAUUGCAAUCUCGUGCCGUACCCCGGCUAAUCCCGACAGCUGUGCGCAUUUAGCAUGGCCACAAAAGCCAGGACAAUAGCCAGGACAGCGCUCAGCUCGGUUCGAAUCGGAUAGUUCUCGGAUUCGUUUGGUUUGGUUUUUCCUUUUGGCUGACUUGCAACAAAUUGCGCGAAUUAACGGCGGCCAUUGCUCAGUAACAGCUACAGCUAUCAGCUGGCAGUUAAGUUGUUGCACAUAUGCAACAAGAAUCAUUGCGGCUCAUAUGUCUGGGCCUUGCUAGAGCGGGGGGCAGGCAGCGGGCGUGUGGCGUCGCAGACGGGGCAUCGAAUUGCGACCGAAUCGCUUGGAACACAAAACAAAAUGCAACACUUUAUAUGCCAACCACAACAAUGUGGCAUCGUCGAGGGGGCGUGGCGUGCCUUUUGGCGGACUGCUGUUGGUGGGGGAGGAAAAAUGUUGGCAACUCUGCUGCGGUUACAUUUUGUUGCAGUUUGUUGGCAGCGCGCCUGAAAGUAUGCAAAAAAACAGUUGCUUAUUUAAAAAAUAGCAUAACGUAAAAAACUAGAGAAAGCGAUACGAGUGACGGAGACAGAGCGAGAGAGAGAGAGAAGGAGAGAGUGGGUGGGAGCGAGCGAGAGAGGGAGAGAGAACUGAUGGGAAUGCAUAAUGAGUGUCCUUUGUGCCAAGACUCGACUUCAUUCAGCUUCAGUCGACUCCCAACUCCAGCGCAGACUGUACUUAAUUUUGUGUUAUUUUGGGAAUGUUCAAGGGGUCGGAUAAUGGCGGGGGAUUAAGAUUAUGAAUGUGAUUUGUUGUGCUGGUCAGGAAUGCGAAAAAUUCGAAUCAAAAGCAAAGAUAUGCCAAAGCCAAACUACAAUGGGAAUUUUAAUUAGUGCGCAAGAGCUUACUACACCCAAGUAGUGUUGGUUA